CUCUCUCUCUCUCUCUCUCUCUCUCUCUUUCUCGACCCACUACUACAACCCCGCUUCGCAGUCCGUGGCCAUGUCUUACUACGACGGGCGUCAAUAUUCUCGCCCUUCCGCCGGUUACAAUUCCGACUACUAUUACCCUCCAUCUCGCCAUCAGACUGAUGUCGUGCGUCAUCACCGUGAUGGCAGCGUCGAGUCCUUCGAGGCCGUCCACCGCGACUACCCCCCCGCCGAUUAUGGCUACGAAUACGGUUAUGGCAUUCCCCCGCAGGGAAAACCCGCCCGCGCCGCCACCGUCCACGAAAGUGUGCGCCGUUCCCACUCCAUGAAUAACCGAGAUCCCUACUACAAUGAUGGCUCCGACUACUACCGCCCCUCUCAUCGCCGCUCUCGACGCCACGACGAUCGACAUGACCGGGGAAGAUACUCCCGGUCCCCGUCCGAGAGCCGCUCUCCCCCACCGCGCCGACGCAAGUCCAUCUCCGAGCAGGCGCUGGGGGCGCUUGGACUGGGAUCCCUCGCCUCGUCCGGCUCGAGGCAUCGGGAGCGCGGCCGCUCCCAGGACCGCGAUCGCAAGUCGUACUCCUACUCGCCGUCGCCCACUCGAUCGCGGAGCCGCCACCGGCGAGAGAAGAGUGAGCAGCGCAUAGCGCAGGCCAUGCGGGCCGCUCUGACCGCCGGAGCAAUCGAGGCCUUCCGCGUCCGCAAGGAUCCGGGCGAGUGGACCGGCGAGAAGGGUAAACGAAUCCUAACGGCAGCCAUUGCGGCUGGAGGCACGGAUGGACUGGUGGACCGGGAUCCUAAGAAGCACUCCAAACGCCAUGUCGUCGAAUCCACCCUGGCCGGUCUGGCAGCAAACCAUUUCCUUAACGGUUCGCGUUCCCGCUCUCGCUCUCGCGGUCGUCACCACCACCGCUCGCAGAGCAAUAGUGGUGUGAAGAACCUGGCUGCCACAGGCGCCCUGGCUGCGAUCGGCAAAGAAGCGUACGAUCGGUUCCGGUCCAGGUCUCGUCCGCGGGACCGCAGUCGGGGUCGAUCCUCCUCCGUGGACAGUUAUGAUGAUCGUCGUCCGAGACGGCGCAGUAAGAGCGUCUCGGACUAUCUUCACAAGGGGAUGGAGGCACUCGGUCUGAGCGAAAAAGACGGCCGUGACAGCCGUGACAGCCGCGACAGCCGCGACCGCGAUGGCCGUCGGCCAUCCCGGCGCGAUGACUACCCGGAUGACUACAGCGACUAUGAUUAUCGCCGCCCCCGAAGCCCGCGGCGCACCCGGCAUUCUAGAGAUGUGAGUCGACCAAUGCAGGCCGAAGAAGCUGGCUACAGCCGUACCCGUGCCCCGGAUGAACACCGUUCUGCCAGCGCCGAGGAUCAUGACUCUGACUUGGGAAGCAGUACCGAUGAGGAAAAACGCCAAAAGAAACUAACGCGCAAGACGCUGGUCAAAGCCGGGCUGGCCACCGUGGCCACCGUCCACGCCGCGCAUGAGAUCCAUGAAAGCAUGGAGAAGCACAAGAAGCGAGCCAAGAUGGUCCGCGAGGGCGAGAUCACCGCCGAGGAAGCCCGCCGCCGGCGCCUCAAGGGCCAGGUCGGGGAUGUCGCCAGCGUGGGCCUUGCCGUCAUAGGUAUCAAAGGAGCCGUCGAUGAAUGGAAACACGCGGAGGAACUGCACAAGGAGCGAACCAAAUACCGCUCGGAGUGCGAACAGAGACGAGCGCGUCGCCACCAACGCGCGCAGAGCCAGGCCAGUCAUCACCCGCGCACCAUGUAUCCCGAUGAGAUCGAGGAACACCAUCCGUCCGAAUAUGGCUCGUCCCCGAGCCUCCGAUCCCGGUCGGCGGCCCGGUCAUCGCGGGUGCCGACGGCCCAGUAUGCUUGAUCGGGGAAGCUCCAAGUCCGGCAAUCUGUCAACCCCGUUGGAGGAUGAAGUGCAUGUGCUAUGAUAUGUGUGUAUGAUGAAGAUGAUGAUAAUGAUGAGCUAUGAUUGAUGAUUGUUUCUGUCUCGUUGCCCGUGAUUGAACCUCCCUGUACCUUCUACCCGAUCCUCGCCUUGGGGUUUGGCAUGCGUCCGUGCUUCUGCGUUACGUGGUGACUUCGUUACUUUGGGGACUGGCUUUUUUGAUGAUCAUGAUUCGGAUACUCUUUCUGUAACUCUUGCGUCGAGGCAUAUUAUCAAAUUGACUUGACUUGCGUCGUACCAG